GCUGGCUAGCAAGCAGCCAAAUGAAGAUGACUUUUAUAUUCAGUCCAAUUGAAAAUUUGAACAAGCUUGUCUGGCACAAGAUAAGGUUCACAUAAUACUAGUUUCACAAUCAUCCAAUGAAAUAAUAGUAGUGUUAUUAGAGUGCGUCUGUCUCCGGACUCAGCAGUUAACUAUCCGACUAAAUCAAAUUUCGCUGUGCUAAACAGCAAACAUCUACAGUAGCAAUCUUAGUCGCCAUCAGUAAAGAGCACUUACCUAACGGGAUGGGGUUCAUUUUAAAAGGGGUUUUGGGGCUGGUUUUGGCCACGCUUGCAUAUUUAGUUGUAAUUUAUUAUAAACUCAGUUAUGUACCAGAAGUUCCCGUAUUCCCGGAAACAUGGUGGGGCAAAGGUGAACCAGGAAAAGAAGAUAUCUCAAUUAAACCGUUUAAAGUUGAUGUUUCCAAACAGAUUCUGGAUGAUUUGAAGCAACGAUUGGAAAAUGCCAUUCCACUGCAGCCUCCUUUGGAGGGCGUAAAACAAACUUAUGGCAUGAACGGCAAUUUGCUCCAGAAGGUGGUGGAUUAUUGGAAAAAUAACUACAACUGGACGGAGAGACAGAACUUCCUAAACCAGUACCCACAUUUCACCACCAGCGUUCAAGGCUUGAAAAUACAUUUCAUUCGUGUUAAACCCCAGAUAAGCAAAAACUCAGACAUUAGAGUGGUGCCCUUAUUGCUUGUCCACGGAUGGCCGGGAUCAGUUCGGGAAUUUUAUGAAAUAAUCCCCAUAUUGAGCAAACCUCAAAAAGGAAGAAAAGUGGUAUUCGACUUGAUUAUCCCAAGUUUGCCCGGUUAUGGAUUCUCAGAAGCUACAAGCAAACCAGGCUUAGGACCCGAACGAAUCGCGCAAAUUUUCAAAAAUCUCAUGAAGAGAUUGGGAUAUGAUAAAUUUUAUGUUCAGGGAGGAGAUUGGGGAUCGGUCAUCACUUCGCACAUGUCGGUUGUUUAUCCAGAAAAUGUGCUGGGUCUUCAUUUAAAUAUGUGCGCUUGCAUAUCGAAAUGGUGCAGUCUUAAAAUAGCGCUUAUAGGAGCUACAUUCCCAUCUCUGCUCGCCACUGAAGAAGAACUACCAUUAUUCGCUCCAGUUUCCGAAAAAUCAGCCGAAGUUUUGCUUUUGGAAAUGGGAUACGCACAUAUUCAGUCCACUAAACCGGACACAGUUGGCGUUGCUUUAAGAGACAGUCCCGUCGGACUCGCUGCCUACAUUCUGGAAAAGUUCACCACAUGGACGAACAGAGAAUGGAAAAACUUGGAAGAUGGAGGGCUGACUAGAAAAUUCACUCUAGAUCAAUUGCUGGAUAAUGUGAUGAUCUACUGGGUAACUCGAUCUAUUACCACAUCCCAAAGGCUUUACUCAGAAACGUUCAAUAAGAAAAUGGCUGUUUUUGGAUUGGACGAUAUUCCUUCCAAAGUGCCGACUGCAUGUGCCAGAUUCGCUAAUGAAAUCCUUACUCAUCCAGAGUCGCUAAUAAGGCUGAAAUACCCAAAUUUAGUGCAAUCUAAAAUCUAUCCAGAUGGUGGGCAUUUCGCUGCUUUCGAGCUUCCAGAGGUGUUGGCUGAAGAUGUGUAUAAUUUUGUGGAGAAAAUUUUGUAAAUGUUAAAUAAGUUUCAGUUUAAAUUAAAUAUGUUCUUGUUACCCGUUUAAGGCGUUUUACAAAACACAUAAAGUCCUGAUAGGUUUAAGAUUCCAGAACAAAUCAAAAUAAAUGCAAUUUCAUUUUUGA